AAAACCACCUCUGACUUCAUUUUGUUCUUACUCAUUUCAUUCUUUCUUACGCUCGCCCUUUCCACAAUGACAGGAUCUAUGAUGACACAUAACUUUUCGCGUCUCACAGAUUCCCAAAAAUUAGAUAAGCUUCUUCAAGGGUUUGACAAUUUGCAAUCGCAAUACGAUCACAUCAAGCAGGAUUAUAUUGUUCUUCUCGAUGAGUGUAAACAGUUGCGGGAGGAGAACAAACGGUUGCGUCAAGCUCUGAAUUUGAUGAGCACCAACUGCAGAAAGGAUUUUCAACAGUGCGAACUUCUGCUGCAGGAGAUCGAAGAGCUGAAGGACACCGUCGCCCAGGGGAAAACUGUCCUCGAAACGUUCAAGACGAAUCUGGAGGAGAAAAACGCACAACUUUCCGCAACCAUCGACGCCCUCAAGAGAGAAAAGUCCAAGAAGUGUCCUUGUCUGACGUGCAGAUUUCUCUCCUGGAUUUCGACUAAAAAAUAGCUUAAUUAAUUUUCAGCACUUUACUACUUGAAAAUGAUAGAUUUAGCUUUAUGUAAUGCAUAAUAAUAUUUAAAAUUUUAAACAAUGAAGACUUUUUUACGUUUUACUAAAAUAAACUUUGUAAGGUGAUA